CGACACGCAGUCACGAUUGCCCACGACCCAAUUGCGUGUCGCGCAGACAGCUGCUGUUUUUUCCCCUUCUGUUUUCUUGCUCCUCACCCCAUAUCCUCUUCAGACCGCAAACAUGCACGGAGAGGUCCUCCACCUCCACCUGGGCCAGGCUGGUACCCAGCUUGGUAACAGUGCCUGGGAGCUUUACCUCCUCGAGCACGGUCUCGGCCCUGACGGUCGUCCUGACCCCAACGUCAAGGAUAUCGGUGACCCAGGUUCCUAUGAGACCUUUUUCACCGAGACCAGCGGUGGCAAAUACGUGCCACGGUCCCUCUUCGUCGAUCUCGACCCCUCUCCUAUCGACGAGAUCCGCACCGGUGGCUACCGCCAGCUUUUCCACCCCGAGCUCCUCAUCAGCGGCAAGGAGGAUGCUGCUAACAACUACGCCCGUGGUCACUACACCAUCGGCAAGGAGAUGGUUGACAAUGUCAUUGACCGCAUCCGACGUGUUGCUGAUAACUGCAGCUGUCUGCAGGGUUUCUUGAUCUUCCACUCCUUCGGUGGUGGUACCGGCUCUGGUUUUGGUGCCCUCCUCCUGGAGCGCCUGUCCGCCGACUACGGCAAGAAGUGCAAGCUGGAAUUCGCCGUCUACCCGGCCCCUCGUGUCUCGACUGCCGUCGUUGAGCCCUACAACGCCGUCCUGUCGACCCACAGCACGAUCGAGAACUCGGACUGUACGUUCCUUGUGGACAACGAGGCCGUCUAUGAUAUUUGCCGUCGCAACCUGGACAUUGGUCGCCCGAGCUACGAGCAUCUCAACCGCCUGAUUGCUCAGGUCGUCAGCUCCAUCACCUCCUCCCUGCGUUUCGAUGGUGCGCUCAACGUCGACCUGAACGAGUUCCAGACCAACCUUGUGCCCUACCCUCGUAUCCACUAUCCUCUGAUCAGCUAUGCUCCGGUCAUCUCGGCCAGCAAGAGCUCUCACGAGAGCUUCAAGGUCCACGACCUGACCUUCCAGUGCUUCGAGCCCAAUAACCAGAUGGUGGUGUGCGAUCCUCGCAAUGGCAAGUACAUGGCCGUUGCCCUGCUGUACCGCGGCGAUGUUGUCCCUCGCGACUGCAACGCCGCUGUUGCGGCUCUCAAGGCCAAGGCGUCCUUCAACCUGGUCGAGUGGUGCCCUACUGGAUUCAAGAUCGGUAUCAACUACCAGAAGCCCGUGGCUGUCCCUGCCGCCACCCCGGCCGACGGCGGUCUGGCUUCCGUCGACCGAUCCGUGUCUAUGCUGUCCAACACCACCGCCAUUGCCGAGGCGUGGUCCCGGCUCGACAACAAGUUCGAUCUCAUGUACAGCAAGCGCGCCUUCGUCCACUGGUACGUCGGUGAGGGUAUGGAGGAGGGCGAGUUCAGCGAGGCUCGUGAGGAUCUGGCUGCCCUCGAGAAGGACUACGAGGAGGUCGCGGCCGACUCGUUCGAGGUGGAAGCCGACGAUGCCGAGUACUAAACUGCCCAUGGCGAUCUACCUCUUCCUUCUCUUCGGUGCUGCGGAUUAGAUUUUGUGGAAUCAGAGUUGCGGGAGUUCAUGUGCUUUUCAAAGAAGGGGGCAGCCUGGAGAAUACCACCUGCGUGUAGUUGACAAGAGGGGAUUGGAUGAAGGCCCGGCUGUUGAAGCUUGGACCCGCCCCUUGGGAGAUCGUAGCAGCUACUGAAUGAAACAAAACAAUGUGGACAACGCAGACGGGUAUAUACUGGGCCCCUUCGUUCUAUGCUUUCUUCUUUCUAUUUUUCUUCAGCCUCAUGUUGAAUUUUAAUCAUUGAGCGAAUGAUGAACAAUACAUUAUUAAAUUACGCGCGCAC